GGUAUGGAGGGUCCUACGAGGGAGAACACCAUUGGCAUUGGCGCAUCAGAUCAGAUCAGAUUGGAAUCUUUCAGUUUCAGCAGCUGUUUGGCACAAAUUAAAUGCCGCGUCGCAUUUGCAUUGGCUUGCCUUUGCCUUUGCCUUUGCCUUUGGCUUUGCCUCCCAUUUUUGGACGGUGCAUUCCUCCACAGUCUCUCACAAUCUCUCACAAUAAGUUAACAAAAUAUCGAUCGGGAUCCCAUCCUCCAUCUCCAUGAAGAAACCAACCAAGUCGUAUCCGACGGAAACAGUUAGAUCUAGCAAUGUGGGUCCCAAUAUUUUGUAUUUUUGAUCGGUGGCUGGCUGGCUGGAAGGAGUGAAUGAAAAAAAAAAAUUUGAAUUUCUGAGAGAAGAGGUUGGGGAAUAAAUGGCUGGGCACGUAGGCCCGCCUUUGUUGAAUCUCGAGUCUCUCUGUCUCUCUCUCUCCUUGUUGUCUCUCAUGACAUUUUUGACCCAAAAUAAAAAAGUCUUUCUCCUCUCCUCCUCCUCCUCCUCCCUCCUGAAUCCUGAGUCCUGAGCUGACACGAGUGUUUGUCUUUUCCCUAAUAAAUUAAUACGCUUUUCUUUUGAAUUGCUUGCUUUUAAUUAAUAUAAAUAUAAUAUAAAUUAGUAUUAGCAGGACGACCUCUGCCUUCUCUCAUUCUCAUUUUUAGCUUUUAUUUAAAUUUUUUUGCUCAGCAACCGAAAAACAGAUUCAGAGACGGAGACACAGCGAAAUUAAAGAGAAAUGGGGAUCGUUUCUCAGGAAGCGAUUAAGCAUUUCCAAGCUUUGAUGGAUCAAGUAAUGGCAGUUGAUGAGCCACUCAAGAGAACAUUUCAGAAUGUUCAUCAAGGAUAUCUUCUUGAGACUUUCGGCCGUUUUCUCAAGGCAAGAGAGUGGAAUGUUUCCAAAGCCCAUAAAAUGUUGGUAGAUUGUUUAAACUGGAGGGUGCAAAAUGAGAUUGACAAUAUAUUGGGCAAACCGAUUGUUCCAACUGAAUUAUACCGGUCAGUACGAGAUUCACAGCUCAUAGGUCUUUCGGGUUACUCAAGAGAGGGUUUGCCAGUCUUUGCCAUUGGUGUUGGGCUAAGUACAUUUGACAAAGCAUCUGUUCACUACUAUGUGCAGUCACACAUUCAAAUUAAUGAAUAUCGAGAUCGUAUAAUUUUGCCUUCUGCAUCGAGGAAGUAUGGUAAGCCUAUUACCACCUGCGUGAAGGUUUUAGAUAUGACUGGUUUGAAGCUCUCAGCACUAAGCCAAAUUAAGUUAUUGACAAUUAUAUCAACAAUUGAUGAUUUGAACUACCCAGAGAAGACAAAUACAUACUACAUUGUAAAUGCCCCAUAUAUAUUCUCAGCUUGUUGGAAGGUUGUCAAGCCCCUUUUGCAGGAGAGGACAAGGAAAAAGGUGCAGGUGUUGUCUGGUUGUGGUAGGGAUGAACUGUUGAAGAUAAUGGAUUAUGGAUCUCUUCCACAUUUUUGUAAAAGAGAAGGUUCAGGAUCAUCUCGGCAUUCACAGAAUGGAGCAGAAAAUUGCUUCUCCUUGGACCACCACUUUCAUCAACAGCUCUACAACUACAUCAAGCAGCAAUCUUUGAUCAAGGAACCUGUUCACCCAAUGAAGCAGGGUUCUUUUCAUGUGGAUGUACCUGAGCCAGCUGCAGAAGGAACACAGAUUGCUAAAACGAUAGAAUCUGAGUUUAACAAGUAUGGUAAUGGGAAUGGGCUAUCUGACUCUCUAGAUGACCUCAAAAUCAAUGGUGACUGAAACCACAGAGCUUGGUGCCAUGCAGACUUGCAGUGAUGAAUCUUAUGCCUUUGUGCUCAGUCUAAAGAUGCAGGACAAGGAAUCUUUGCAUUACUGGUCCUACCGUUGCAAUCAUGCGAUAUGAUUGGUUGUAAUGGUAGUUGCUCGCAUUAUCUACAUGAACUUCACAAGGGAUAUAGCUAAUACAGUGUAUGUAAUAUGACAUAUGGCUGCUGGAUACUCAGUUCAGACCUGUGCCGUGCGUAGCCUAAUGUGCGUUGUAGUGCAGCAGAAAAUUGUCACGUCAUCUUUAGUUGCACAGUUCUAAAUCAUAUACUAGUUGCACAGAUUAACCUAUUUUCACCUUCAGCGAUUUCUAAAUAUGUUUUUUUGACCGACAAUUAUAAAUCAUGGAGGUAAAACAUGUCAGUUUCUGUAGAGCCAAUAAAAGAAGAAA